AUGUCGGUUGCUGCCUGGCUCGACCAUGUCGAUAAAUGUCUGCGUCUUUCACCUCGUGACACGUCAGGGUCGUUGCCAUAUCUGUUUGUACUUAACAUUCAGGAUCCCAUAGUAUCUUCUCUUCAAAAUGAUAUUCUAGAUUCUUCAAUCAAUAUUCGAAAUGUAGUUGAUGAAAAGGGUCUAAAUAAUGGUGACUGGUCGUCGUUUGAUGAAUUAUGUAUCACAUAUCUAGGUUUCGCUCGUGAUGUGGACCCUACAAACCCGCGUGAAUCAUACUUUGCGCUCAUCAAGUAUGUCACUGCACUUCAAGUGGCAUUUACCAAUAACCGCGGCGCCAUUCUUCAAGGCGUUGUUAAAGCAUCACUUAGUACUGUACUUACAAUGGGUCGUCAGCUCGACGCCAAUGAUACCCUCCAGCGCACGUCAUAUCUAUCGACGUUGCUGCUCAAAAUGUUCAACAACAUUCGUGCGGAAAAGUCGCUUGAAAACUCUCAGCAGCUUUCUAAGAAAAGUGUCAUUCUAUUUGUCGCUAAUAUUCUGUGUCGGUCAUAUUACAUGCUUCAUACAGAAUCCUCCUGCGCAAAUGUUUUUUCUAAUAUUCACACAGCCAAUCUUAAGUUUUCGAGUUACGCGCGCGCUGAACAAGUUGAAUACCGUUAUAUUCUUGGUCGGUUUUACUUGGCCAAAGAGCAACUGACGCGUGCAUAUGACCAUCUAUCGUGGGCAUUCCGUAAGUGUUUGCCACGAACACCGCAGCAGCGUCUGAUUUUAAAAUACCUUGUUCCUGCAGCCAUGUUACUUGGACGGCUGCCCACCAAUACGCUGCUAAGUCAAUUUAAUUUGCAGACUCAGUAUGGACCUUUAGCAGCCGCUCUUAAAGCUGGAAACUACGCGCGGUUUAUGGAAUACCUAUUGAAUGGCCCAUGUAGCGAGUGGUAUGUGCGUGCGCGUAUCCAGUUUCUGUUCCGCAAUCGCACACCCAUAGUUCUAUUACGGCAAAUUGUAUAUCGUACAUGGGUGAUUUUAAACCGGCCAAACGUACUCAAGUUUGAUCAGAUCCAGGCCGCACUAAGAGUUGCAAUGGCUGGAUCAAGUGAGUCCUUUGGAUGGUAUUCAGCCGAACAAGACGCAAGUGGGGAAAUCACCGAAAAUGUACUGAUUACUCUAGUUAGCCAGAGAUUUGUGAUGGGACAUGUGUAUUCUCGGCGAGCACUGAUCAAACUUAAAGAUAAAGGACCGUUCCCAGCAAUGGCCCGGGUGCAUAAUCUGGAUUCGCGUACGGGUAAAGCUUCGACGGACCGAUGGCUCGAGACGUGA